UGUUGAUAUCAGGGAAGAAACGCGAGCAGAGAAUUGGCAUUUAUUCUGCUCGAAUCAAGGCGCAGGUUCGCCUCAGGUUCUUGGGAAGCCUCAACAGUCCAUCACCAGCUCUGCUUGGAUGCGAAACAACAAUGGCAACGUCUUCACCACCGACUUCUGGCAACGGCAGCGGCUCGUCAUCUGCGCCAUAUCAACCAAGCUCCGCAGGACCUUCCCCUUCCAGACAAAAUCGACCUAGUAUCUGUGGCUCAGACGCACCAGAGCGCCCCUACCCAAUCUAUCUGCAUGGCGACGUGGAGCGUGGAUUUGGGCGCGGCGGCAAGGAUCUCGGUUGCCCAACAGCCAAUCUGCCUGCGAAGAUAUUGGGGAAUGCAAGCUCAAGUCAAGGCCUAAGUCGGACAGGUAUUUACUUUGGUUGGGCACGGGUGCUUCCGCAAGACCCGGAAGACCCGGAACUGAGCGAGGAGAGCGAACAGGAGACUGGUGCUGCACAAGAGGCAGGUGAGGUUGAGGAAGACGAAGAUGACAAUGAGGUGGUACUGGGUAUCAGCCCCAUCAACGAGGGUAGUCUGGAUUCAUUGGGCCAAGGCGGGCAGUCAACACACACCGGCAAUUCCGGAUCUCAGCUGUCUGCUUCGCUCUCACGAAGUUUAAAGCCUCGACAGGGCAGCAGAAGCUCAGUUCGCUCUGCACGAUCAACAUCAACUGUCGUGGAUGUGCCCAACAAUGCAUCCUUGCUGAGCUCUUCCCAAUGCAAAUCGCCUUCGUCAAUAGCAGUGGGGGCUUUCGCAGGCGGCGCAAACGUGAAUAGAUCGCGACCACAGCAAGACUCAUCAAUGCUCAGUCCGCUGCUCGGCAACGGCAGUGAGGGAGAGCUGAUUGCUCGGCCAGCAUCAGUGUUGAGCGACAAGGAAGCUCAAGUCGCGCGUGAAGAGAAGACCGCGGAGGCACAGAGUAGCGUGCUCAAGCCGAACGACCUUGGGAAUGAAUCCACGAAAGGAGCGACAACCUCGGUGCAUGCUUCAGCACCAAGUUUACACUUGUCUUCGAGCGAAGCAGCAAGCACGAAGCCAGAGCUGUCCGUGACGACGGUGACGCCGGUACCUAUCGCAAAGCUAGCCCAGGCUGGCGAAAAGCAUCCGCGCGACUUGAGCGCGGCAAGCAGCACUGCAUCCUUGCGAUCAGGAAGUGAUGAUGCACAGGGCAGCGCCCUGAGCAACCGAUCGAGCAGCAGCAGACGCAAGAAGAAGCUUCGGGUAAAUCUUGCGGAGGAGGAUUCCUUGGUGUUCCCGAUGGUCAUGAGCGUCGGAUGGAACCCUUUUUACGGAAACACCACAAAGACAGCUGAGGUUCACAUCAUGCACAAAUUCCAGGCUGAUUUUUAUGGCCUCGAAAUUCGCGUGGUCGUUUUGGGAUACAUUCGUCCGGAGUACAAUUACAUUAACAAAGAGGCCCUGAUAGAAGACAUUGAGAUGGACAAGCGCGUCACCAUCGCCUCCCUGGCACGGCCAAUGUACCAAGACUACAGCCGGGAUCCGUUCCUCUUGAGCAGCUUUAGCAUCUCUUAGCAGCAUCCCCAAAUCAUCGAAAACUCAUUUCCAGCCACAGCGCCAACGUCAGGC